AUGGAGCUCCCCCAAUACGGAAUCGAAUAUGCCCCGCGGCCAUCCAUCAAGGCUCAAGCCUUAGCUGACUUCAUAAUAGAAUGCUCCGCCUACCCAGUCGAGGGCUCAUUGGUCGAAGGCUCAGAAGCAGCAGAAUUGUGGGAAAUACAGACUGAUGGUGCGGCCGGCUCCAAGCACUACGCAGUUGGGGUAAUGAUCACAACCCCAGAAGGGUUCUGCCUGUACUACGUUUUGAGAUACAAUUUCCAAACUUCUAAUAACGAAGCAGAAUAUGAGGCUGUUAUCAGGGGGCUUCAGUUAGUUAUCGCCCUCCAUGCCGCCAGGGUGCGCGUAAUGACGGACUCCCGCCUAGUGGUCAAUCAGCUAAAGAAUGAAUGCGUGACCAGGGAAGAAAGGCUAGUACUUUACAAAGACGUAGCCGAGGGGUUGUUAGAUAAAUUGGAAGCCAAUGAGAUUACCCACAUCCCACGAGCUGAGAAUACGGAGGCAGACAUCCUAUCUAAGUUGGCGUUGGGAAGUACACCCUCGCACCUGUCGAUGGCUUGUCGCACCGAGGUCAUAGAACGGUCGAGCACCGAAGUGCUCUCGGUUUGCACAGUUGUCCGGGUGUCCUCUUCCCGGCCUGAUCACGCGACCCCCUUCGACUGGCUGUGGUUUGCGGACAUGGUCAGAUACAAAGAGAAGGCAGAGUAG